AAUCGAUGUGUUCUUUUAAUGUAGUAGUGGAUAGAUCCAAGUGUGAUUUCCGUUCACUACAUCAAAAAAAGAAAAAAAGAAAAAAAAAAGCCUUCUUGGUAAACACUUGGACUUGAAAAAUAAGUCUAACUGGCAUUUUUCUUUGUUUUAUUUACUAAUAUAUGGUCUAAAAUAUCGCCUCACUUUCACAACUAGUAGAAUGAAAAUUUGGUUCUCUCUCUCUCUCUCUCUCUCUCUCUCUCGUGUAUAUAUAUAAUGUGUUUGUGUGUAUAUUAUUUUAAUUUUUUGAACUUCAAAUGAGAGUGUGGACUGUGGAGUUCAAGUACUUGAGCCCAAGUGUUGGUUGAGAUAGAGUGCUUCAACGGGGUAGAAGUUGGCGGGAAGAGCUUGCAGUUUCUCUUCUCUAAGCCUGCAGGCUACGGAAUUUAAACUGUGAGAACUGCAGUUUGGUGGCACCACAAGUUUGGUUGAGUCAGCUCCAUCGAAAGAGUAUCACCGGUGGUGUUAAUAAAUAAAGUUACUAACAAUGGCUGAGGAUGGUGAUCUGCCUCCCCCUCCCCCUCCCACUGAGAGAAAGUGGAUGAUGAUGCCGCUCUUUGUUUUCUUCAAAGAUGCUAGGCUUGUUUUCAAGAUGGAUGCACUUGGGUCGGAGAUCUUACGGAUUGCAUUCCCGGCAGCCCUGGCUUUAGCUGCUGAUCCCAUUGCUUCUCUAAUUGACACAAUAUUCAUUGGCCGUUUAGGUCCGGUGGAGCUUGCUGCUGUAGGAGUUGCUAUUGCUAUUUUCAAUCAAGCUUCAAAGGUUACUAUAUUUCCACUUGUCAGUAUUACAACUUCUUUUGUUGCUGAGGAAGACACUAUUGGAAGACUUAGCAGUGAAGUGGUAAAAGCGGAAAAUUUGGAGAAGGGUUCACCCAAAAACAAUGAAAUGAAAGAAUUGAUGCCAGAAGAUGUUGACCUUGAGAACUUGGAAAAAGGUUCUGCCACAAACAGCGAAAUGAAAGAUUUGAUGCCAGAUGAAGAUUUAAAACCAACAGCGUGCAACUCUCCGACUGCUUCUAGUAGCAAUUCAAAGAAGGCCAAAUUUGAAGGUGGAAGGCGACAUAUUCCUUCAGCAUCAACUGCCCUUUUUGUUGGCAGUGUGCUUGGCCUCCUUCAAACCGUAUUCCUUAUAAUUCUGGCGAAACCUAUCUUGGGUUUUAUGGGUGUAAAAUCUGGUUCCCCGAUGCUAACCCCUGCGCGGAAGUACUUGACUUUGAGAUCACUUGGUGCUCCUGCUGUUCUUCUCUCUUUGGCUAUGCAAGGGGUCUUUCGAGGAUUUAAGGACACCAAAACUCCUUUAUAUGCAACUGUUGCGGGGGAUUUAUUAAAUGUCAUUUUGGACCCAAUUCUUAUAUUUUCCUGCCGUUUGGGAGUCAGUGGUGCAGCCAUUGCACAUGUUCUUUCUCAAUACUUAAUUUCGGUUAUCCUCUUGUGUAAAUUGAUGAAACAAGUUGAUCUCUUGCCUCCCAGUAUCAAAGAUUUGCAGUUCAGUCGGUUUCUUAAAAAUGGUUUUCUGUUAUUAGCAAGGGUAAUAGCGGUGACAUUUUGUGUGACCUUAGCAGCAUCAAUGGCUGCAAGGCUGGGUUCGACACCCAUGGCUGCUUUUCAAAUUUGCUUACAGGUCUGGAUGACAUCAUCGCUUCUUGCUGAUGGUUUAGCUGUUGCUGGACAGGCAAUCCUUGCUUGUGCAUUUGCCGAGAAGGACAACAAGAAGGCAACAGCUGCUGCAUCUAGAGUUUUACAGAUGGGAUUCGUAUUAGGCCUUGGGCUUGCCGUACUUGUUGGACUCGGGUUGCAAUUUGGAUCUGGGAUCUUUACAAAGGAUAAAAAUGUUAUUCACUACAUAAGCAUAGGCAUCCCGUUUGUUGCUGCUACACAACCAAUCAAUUCGUUAGCCUUUGUUUUUGAUGGUGUGAAUUUUGGAGCAUCUGAUUUUGCUUAUUCUGCGUUCUCCAUGGUCUUGGUGUCCAUAAUGAGCAUUGUAUCUUUGUUCCUUCUCUCUAAAAGCAAUGGUUUUGUUGGAAUAUGGAUUGCUUUGACCAUUUAUAUGGUUCUUCGCACAUUUGCCGGAAUUUGGAGGAUGGGUACCGGAACAGGACCAUGGCGCUUCCUCAGGGGGCGGUUGUUGCCAUAGGAUAUGAAGUUCCAGGCACUUUUGUAAUCUAGUGACAGCAUUGCUGUUUUUACUUCAUUCUUUUACCUUUUUAUUUUUUUUGACAGAGUUCCUUCUGCUCCUUUUCUACCCUUGUGUCUGUAUCAUAAUUGCACCUAGUAAAAUAUUUCUUCUUAUAUAUAUUUAUAUAUUUGAUGUCUUAAGAACUGAGAAUCUAAUUUGAUAUUAGAUAUUUUUUGUUUUUCUAUCUACAUUGUAACCCAUGCUAUCCUUGUGUAGUAGUCCGUGCUGAUCUUCCAUGUAUCGAGGUUACGAAUGUUUAACGGCUUUUUUGUAAGCCGAUGACAGUAUUGAAUGAAGAAUAAUUUCUACUGGGUUGAAUUGCA